UCUCUCUCUCUCUCUCUCUCUCUCUCUCUCUCUUGUUGAUGGUUAUGUUUGAGUUCCAAGAAAUAAUUGGAUAUCUGGGAUGAAAUGCCUAUCAGGGUUUUAGUUUUCUGCCCUUGAUCAUAAUCAGUUUCAAGGAUAUACUACAUUUUCUUGUCUUAAGAAAGAAGCCAUGGCUGCUAGGACUCGGCUGCUCUUGUGUUGUCUGCUGGUUUUCUCCAUAUGCUUUCAUGUCAUCUAUGCUGAGACGAAUGCGCAAGAUGCUGCUGUGCUUAGAUCACUAAAGGAUGAGUGGGGAAACACCCCACCAAGCUGGGACAGAUCCAAUGAUCCUUGUGCUGCAUGGGAGGGAGUUACCUGCAACAACUCAAGAGUCACUUCACUAGGAUUAUCGACAAUGGGACUAACUGGUAAAAUGAGCGGUGACAUUGGUGGGCUCAGUGAACUCGUCUCCUUAGAUUUGUCAUACAAUCCUGGGCUCACAGGCUCCCUCUCUCCGCGGCUGGGAGAUCUGCAGAAGUUGACGAUAUUAAUUCUUGCUGGAUGCAGCUUCACUAACAGCAUACCAAGUGAACUAGGAAACCUCUCAGAGCUGACUUUCCUAGCCCUGAAUUCAAACAACUUAAGCGGUGACAUACCUCCUUCUCUUGGUAAACUUUCCAAGCUGUAUUGGCUUGAUCUGGCAGACAAUCAGCUGAAAGGACAAAUUCCCAUUUCAUCAGUUUUCAGCCCAGGACUCGACCAGCUUAAACAGGCGAAGCACUUCCAUUUCAACAAAAACCAGCUUUCGGGUGAAAUCCCAAGCAAUCUAUUUAGCUCAGACAUGUCAUUGAUACAUGUAUUGUUUGAUGGGAACCAGUUGGAAGGGAGCAUUCCAUCUACAGUAGGACUGGUACAGACACUUGAGGUUCUUCGUCUUGACCGUAAUGCCCUGAAAGGAGACAUCCCAACAAACCUCAACAACCUUAGUAACAUCGUUGAACUGAAUUUGGCACAUAAUAGGUUGUCUGGUGCAUUACCAAAUUUAACUGGAUUAAACUCCCUCAAUUAUGUGGACUUAAGCAACAACUCCUUUCCACAAUCAGGAGCUCCAGACUGGUUCUCGACUUUAAAGUCGCUAACUACGUUAUUGAUCGAAUAUGGACCACUAAACGGAUCCAUCCCAUCAGAACUUUUCAGUCUACCUCAGAUUCAGCAAGUGAAAUUGAGGAACAAUGCCUUCAGUGACAAGUUAGACAUGAGCGGCAACAUCGGCCAGCAACUUCAACUUGUUGACCUCGAAUACAACAAAAUAUCGUCUGUGACACUCGGCUCAGGAUACAGGAACACACUAAUGUUGAUUGGCAAUCCGGUUUGCUCAGUGUCUCUGAAAAACACGGUUUACUGUCAGAUUCAGCAACCACCUGGACCUUAUUCCACCAGCCUCAAAAACUGUGGGGUGGAAACGUGCGACUCUGAUAGUAAACUCAACCCACAAAACUGUGAAUGUGCUUAUCCAUAUGAAGGGACAUUGUACUUUAGAGCACCGUCUUUCAGGGAGUUAACCAAUUCCAGUUUGUUCCGGUCACUAGAAAUGAGCCUUUGGACAAAGCUAGGCCUCUAUCCCGGAUCAGUUUCUCUGCAGAAUCUUUUCUUCAAUGACGAUGACUAUCUUCAGAUGCAGCUUCAGCUUUUUCCGCACAAUGCAAAGUACUUCAGCAGGUCAGAGGUUCAGAGGAUUGGAUUUUCAUUAAGCAACCAAACUUACAAGCCUCCGCCUGAUUUUGGACCGUACUACUUCAUGGCAUCUCCAUACGUUUUUGGAGAUGGGCACGGGAGACGCCACGUUAGCACCGGUAUGCUCGCUGGAAUAACAACCGGAUGUGCAUUUAUGGUCCUGGUACUAGCAGCGCUGGGGAUUUAUGCUUUUCGACAGAAAAAACGUGCUGAAAAAGCCGUUUCAUUGAGUAGACCCUUUGCGUCUUGGGCUCCAGGCGGCAAUGACGCCGGAGGGGCACCACAGCUCAAAGGAGCCAGGUGGUUCUCCUAUGAUGAAGUCAAGAAAUGCACAAAUAACUUCUCUGAAAGCAACCAGAUUGGCUCUGGAGGCUAUGGCAAGGUGUACAGAGGAGUGCUUUCCACUGGACAAGUAGUAGCAAUCAAGAGGGCUCUACAAGGAUCAAUGCAAGGUGGCCUGGAAUUCAAGACAGAAAUCGAGUUGCUUUCGAGAGUACAUCACAAGAACCUUGUCGCCCUCGUGGGGUUCUGUUUUGAACAAGGAGAACAGAUGCUGGUUUAUGACUUCAUGGCUAAUGGAACACUGAGAGAAAGUUUAUCAGGAAAAAGUGGAAUUCAUCUAGAUUGGAAGAGAAGGAUAAAGGUUGCCUUGGGUUCAGCCAGAGGAUUAGCUUACCUACAUGAACUUGCUCAUCCUCCGAUAAUUCAUCGGGACGUCAAGUCUACAAAUAUCUUGCUGGAUGAAAAUCUAACAGCUAAGGUUGCAGAUUUUGGCUUGUCCAAGCUGGUUUCUGAUAGUACAAAAGGGCAUGUCUCUACUCAAGUCAAAGGCACACUGGGUUACCUAGAUCCUGAAUACUAUAUGACGCAACAGUUAACUGAGAAAAGCGAUGUGUAUAGCUUUGGUGUUGUGAUGCUUGAGCUGAUCACUUCUAGGCAGCCUAUCGAGAAGGGAAAAUACAUUGUCCGCGAAGUAAGAAUAGCAAUGGACAAGGAUGAUGAAACACACUAUGGAUUGAGGGAAAUAAUGGAUCCUGCCAUAAGGGACACCCCAAAUCUCAUAGGAUUUCCUAGGUUUCUUGAGUUGGCUAUGCAAUGUGUGGAAGAAUCAGCUUCAGACCGUCCCACGAUGAGUGAGAUUGUGAAGGCCCUCGAAACUAUAUUACAGGAUGACGGUAUAAACACAAAUACAACCUCUGAAUCGUCAUCGGCUACUGAAUUUGGAGCUGCUAAUGGUGCCCCCAGACACCCCUAUAAUGAUUCUUUGCCUAGAAAGGAUGCCAGUGAGAGUGAUGCUUUUGACUACAGUUAUGGAUAUACAUUACCAGCUAAAGUUGAACCUAAGUAGUAGACACACUGUUACAUAUUCUACAAGUUUGUGUAUUCUUUAUUUAAUAUUCACUACUUCUUGAUGAAAUUUUAUGCAAAUGGAGAUAUACAAGAACCUCUCAUAAGCUGUGAAUUGUAUAAAUUUGAAGCGAACUUGAAAGUAUGAUUUUCAGCUCUUUCAGACCUGAUAGGUUUGGUGAGAUCAAGGGUUUUCAGGUGGCGAAAUCCAUCUGGUGAUAUUGCCGCCUCAUCUCCACCAUAUGCAUCAUCAAGUCAUCAGGUAUCACAGUUAGGCAGUGUCUCCACGAUUGUUAUACAGUCCUCAAGCCAAGAUAGCAUCAGAGUCAAGUACAAUAGUAAGAACGCAAGCAAAAAAUUCACUCACAGGAAAGAAGACAAUAAUUGCUAUAUAUUGGAUCUAGAUAAAACAUAUACAAAGAAUAGCAACGUAGAUAGACAGAGUUAUGCCUUAACCAUGUUGCUUGUUUAGACAUCAGUUGCUCGUAUUUCCUAGAUUGUGCAACAGAUAAUGUUUAUUUAUCUGUCAAACCUAGACAUUAUCAUUUCCUUUAA